AUGUUCCAACGCCUCCUCUCAGCGUCGAGUCGCUUCAUUCGCUCGUUUGGCACAUCCUCGGCUCGAGGUUCUGAGUCUGGCCUGCCAAAAUUCAACUCAGCGCCAUCGUUCAAGCUGACGCAAAGUCCCAAUCCUGGAUGGAAGUGGGGAGAAGGUCUUUCACCGGAGUCCAGUGAAAUGGCCAAGCAAUGGAAGGAAGACGAGAAGCUGGGCUGGAAGAGCUACACGCUGAAGGAGACGCACGGCAAGGACGUGUACUUCCUGCUUACAAGCUCAAUAAUCCCUCGCCCAAUCGCCUUUAUCUCUUCGUUAUCAGCGGAUGGCGUUCCAAACCUUGCACCCAUGAGCUACUUCUCCCUGCUUGCUCAUGAUCCUCCGAUGGUCGGCGUGUCGUUCGCGAUCUUCCAGGGGAUCGGCAAGAACACGCGAGACAACAUACUUGCUACCAAGACCUUCACGGUUAAUAUCAUCAGCGAGCCUUUCCUUGACGCGGCGAAUGCUUGCUCGAUUGAUGCUCCUCCGGAGGUAGACGAAUGGCUAGUCAGCGGGCUCACACCAGUACCGAGUACGCUGAUCAAGCCUGCACGAGUAAAAGAAAGCGCCAUCAGUUUCGAAUGCGAGCUCUUCCACUCGCAUGAUCUCUACUCGAAUUACGGCCCUGAGAUGACCAACACGUUCAUCAUGGGAAGCAUCAAACUGAUGCACGUUCGCAACGCCGUCCUGUCCUCAGACGGCGUAAACGUCGACCCCGCAAAGCUGCGGCCAAUGUCGCGUCUCGGGAUGUUCACAUACGCUCGUCUUGGUGACGGUAUCGACAUUCCAAUCCCGAUGUGGGCGCAGAAGAAGGAGGAGGUAACGGAGGUGUUGCAGGCGAAAAGCAAGCUCUAG